GGCUCGUGCGCUGAUCCAGAUCAUUGAUGUUGAUUGAUUCAUUGUUCACUUGAUCAGUAUAACCAUAUUUUCAAUAUUUUGAUAUUUGUGGAGAAAUUUCAUUUUGAUUCAGUAAAUUGAAUUGUGAUUAUUUGUUUAGAUUGAACUAAUCAAUAUAUUAUUGACAAUUCCUGAGCUUCCAAAAGAAAUGUGAUGGAUGCAAAAGUAGAUGAUUUUUUGAAUGAAAUAAAUGAGAUAGCUCCACCAAUUCCAUCAGUGGCACGAGCAGUCCAACCAAAAGUUGUUAAAAAUGUACCUGAAAUAAAUGAAACUUGUGUUUGGCAGAAAUGCUAUGAUGAACUCACUGGCUUCUCAUAUUAUUGGAAUACCAAAACUGACCAAGUCACUUGGAAUACUCCUGAAGAUUAUAAAGAAACAAAAAUGACCAAAUCUGACAUCAAGAAAAGGCCUGGAAUGUAUGUUCCACCUAAAGUUACCCCAUUAUUUCCUGGAAUUAGCACUGCCACUGCAAUUCCCCAAGAAUCAAUAAAGAUAUAUUCAAUUGGUGAAAGUUCUAGCAAUAAAAAUAUAGUGAAGGAUCAGCAGAAGGUAUCAGAUAAAACCCUGAAAAGGCCUCACAAGAAGAAUAGUGAUUCUGAGGAUGAAAAAAUCAUAUUGAUAUCUUCCUAUGGUAGUGAUACAGGUUCAGAAGAUGAGGAACCUGAGGAGAAAAAAACUAAAAAUGUCACAGAUCAGUCCUUAUCAGUUGCAGAAGAGAGUGCUCUCUCUGAAGAGGAAGAUGAUUUGGACAUCUUGGCAAAAAUUCAGAAAAAAGCCAAGGAAUUGAAAGAAUUAGGUGGAGAUUUACCACCAGGAGUCAAAGAAGUAGUCAGUACUGUGAAGGAUGCACUAGAACCCCCUCCAAAGAACAAAAUGAAAACAAUCUCAGGUUUUUCUUUGGUAGCUGGUUAUAGUGAUAGUGAAGAAGAAAAUGAAGAAAUAAAGACAGUAUUCCAGACAGAACUUGUUCCCUCACAAUCACACAGCACUCUAUUUCCAAUUUCUAAACCUGUAGAUGUGAAGGACUUCAUUCCUCCUAAAAUUGAAGAUGAAAUACCACAAAUUGAAAAUGAUUUCAAUAACAAAGCUUUCAAGAGGAAAAAGAGAAUAGGAGUAGCAUUAGUUAAUACUGUGAAAAAGAAAAAUGAAGGUAAUAUGUGUGAGGAGAGAAAAGGAUUUGGAUUCGAGAAAGAUUUGAAUCCUGAAGUGAGUAUUAGUAGUACUAGUACUACUACAACUACUACUACCUAUCCUGGUUUUCAAAAAGGGGGUGUUAUGUUUGUGAAAUCAGAUAUUCUGAAUCCAACCAUACCUGCUGUGACCAGAGAAGAUGAAAUAGUAAAAACUUGUGAGAUAGAUGACCAACAAGAAGUAGGAAUAGAUAGAAAUGAAGUUGAUGGAAUGUAUUCUACACUAAGAGAAAAACUUGUGUUCUUGAAUGUUGGAAGUUCAGCUGUUUCAGUUGUGCAAACUAUGGUUAUUCAAGCAGAGACACUGUUCAGUGCAAUGAAUGAAGGUGGUCUGAAACUCUCCUAUCUCCAAAAAUGGUUGAAGGAGAUGUGUUCUGAACUUGUAAAAUUAGAAAAAGAAGCUACACCUGAUGGCUGGCUCCUUCAGUGGGAUAGGUCAAACAAAAGGUAUUAUUAUCAAAACCUGGCCACCGGCGCUAGUCAAUGGGAGUAUCCCCAACCUCCUGAUCCCAACGCCUCUGAUGAUGCAAUGGACAUUUCGACAACUCCGCCUCCCCCUAUCGAAUCGGCAAUAACGAUGUCACCCCCAUUACCCCCCACUAUAAGAAGCCCCACACCUCCGCCCCCUCCAAUAAUCAGUGUGGAUGAUGAUGCAGUGUCUACAUCAGUACCAGCAGAUGUACCUCUUCCACCUGAACAACCACCCCUUCCUAAAGUCGCCGAUAAUGGAGAACCUCUUCCACCAGGUGUUGAUCUACCGGAUAUGGUGGCUUACCCUAAGCCUCAGGUAAUUUUUAAUGAAAAUUCAGAGAAUUCGACGGAUGAUACAUUGAAUUCGGCGCUGGAUUCGUUUUAUUCUGAUAUUGCCGCUAUUGACCCUGUAGCUGUAGUUCUUCCACCUACUCAAUCUAAUGAAGAGAAACCUCCAGAUGGUGAUAUUCAAAUGGCAACGGAGUCUCUAAAGAAAAAGAAGAAAGCAAAGGUGAAAUUGGGCCCAGGACUAACGAUGAAGAAAAAAGGAGUUUCACAAUUAGUAGAGAAGUGGAAGAAUGUUCAACAGCAUUAUAAUGAUUAAUAAUUUUUGUGAUUAUUUGUAUAAAGUUUAAUAAAUAUUUUUCUUACCUC